AUGAGUUGCACGAUUGAGAAAGCCUUAGCAGAUGCGAAAGCACUGGUGGAACGGCUCAGGGAGCAUGACAACGCAGCAGAAGCUCUUAUUGAACAGACUACAGCUCUUAACAAGCGGGUCGAAGCAAUGAAACAGUACCAAGAAGAAAUUCAAGAGCUCAAUGAAGUAGCAAGACAUCGUCCUCGGUCUACGUUAGUGAUGGGUAUCCAACAAGAAAACAGACAGAUUAGAGAACUGCAACAGGAAAAUAAAGAACUACGCACAUCUCUUGAAGAACAUCAGUCUGCUUUGGAACUCAUAAUGAGCAAGUACAGAGAACAGAUGUUUAGGUUGCUUAUGGCAAGCAAAAAGGAUGAUCCAAGUAUAAUAAUGAAGUUAAAAGAGCAACAUUCCAAGGAGCUGCAAGUGCAUGUGGACCAAAUCACAGAAAUGGCAGCAGUAAUGAGAAAAGCCAUUGAAAUUGAUGAAAAGCAUGGCUGCAAAGAGCAGGAACGUAUCAUUCAGCUGGAACAAGAAAACAAAGGCUUGAGAGAAAUUCUUCAAAUAACUAGAGAAUCAUUCCUGAACCUCAAGAAAGAAGAUGCAUCAGAGAGCACAUCUCUGUCAGGAUUAGUAACAAGCAGUGAUUUGAGCCUGAGAAAAAGCUAAAGACUGCAGAAGCCAACAAGCUUCAGUUGCACACUUUACAAAGGGAGUAUCAGGGGUCACUUGUCAAGCACUUGUUACUGAAUAGGGCACCAGCGAGCUAAUGCAUCCUAAACUCCAGCUGAGUGGCUUUUAUACUGCGUAAAACAUUGAAAUUGGUAUUCUGCAAAAACCGUAGUGACAGAUUAAUUGCCAUAGAUCUAACUUCAGUAGGAAAUGGAUUAAUGCACGUACUGAAUUGGGAAUUAUUUUUAUAUGAAGCCAUUUUACAGACAAAAGACAAGAUUACACAUAAUUUUUAUAUAAAUUAUUGCUGACUCAAAGUUUCAGUACGCCUAUUAUAUGAUAAAGGUAAGAUUUAAAGUCUGAUCUUGGCUAAAAAGUAGGAACUUAUGAAUAUGCUUUGUGCAUGAUCCACAUUACACUUUUUUUCCUUUUAGUAAGUUUUUAAUACAUUCUCAUUUUGCAAUAAAUCUGCUUAAUGGAAAGGGGACACAGGCAGCAUAAAAUUUAAGGAUUUCUGCUAUUUAGCCAUGAGGUAUCCUGUUCAAAUAUAAGGCCAACUGUUUAAACAUGAGCAGUGCUUUUGCAGUUGUUCAAUA